AUCUCUAUUGGUUUUGCCUUCUUCUAUAUGUAAUCAAUAUGUUUGAGUCUGCAUUUUCUGAAAUGUUAUCAUGAACCACUUUGUUGAACUGGCUUGCUUUUUUCCAUUGUAGAAUCUGAACUGGACAAUUAUAGCAUCUUUUGCCUAACAACUAGAACAAAUUUCCAGUAUGGAGUGGAAAGGAAGGCUAGUGAUCCAGUUGUUAAUGUUAGUAUUUGUGCUGGAAGUUAGUUUUUGCCAGCACUGGUCAUAUGGUUGGCUUCCUGGUGGGAAAAGAAAUGUCGGGGAAGUAGAGGCAACAUUCAGGAUGAUGGAUGCUGGUGACACAGUCCGCUCUAUUCCUGCCGAAUCUCCGCUGGAGAAGUUUUCUCCAAUGCACACAGUGAAUGAGGUGGACGCUGAAGGUUUGCCUCUGAAGGUACAUAGAUUUCCCAACAGACGAGGAAGAAUGUAAAAGAUGAAGAUAAACCUGUUUAAUUAAAACUUCUUCUUACUGAGUCCUGAUAAAAUAUCAUCCUUAUCUGAUUUUAAUAAAUGUAGCACUAGAGGUACUGUAAAUACAAGUAUAGGUGCCAAAUAAUCACACAU